UCCUGGUUACCAUAGUAAAGCCGCUAUUUUGACCCUGUAAAGAUGGCCGGUAAGGCAACGUUUUUUGAGUCGAGCUUAAGUUUUCCUUCCAGUCGCAACACACAAGGAGUUCAGUCCGCCUCAGCCGAUACAUCAAGGUUUGUUCCUCUAUCAAAGGCACAGCAUGAGCUCGACGGUUCCGCGCAGGCGCUGGAUCAGAUCAGCCGCUGCUUUAAUAAACUCCGCUCACUGAGAGCGUCUGACAGCGCCACUCUGAAAACUGAGCUCAAUUUACUGUUCGACCAGCUCAUCUCCGAAAACUACAACAGCAGCAACCAUGACAACAUUCAACCAGAGGUUGUGUGUGAGAUGCUUAUGCAUGCAAGCCGUCUGGUUCCUCUCAGCCAAGAGCAUCUUAUCAUCAAACUGAGCCAACUGAUUCAUCAACUUCUAAACCAGCUACAGGUAAUAGUGGAUGAGCAUACGCUUGAUGUUUUGGUGUCAUACUGCACACAUGCUCUGCGCACAUGCAGUUCAUGGACUCACCCGGAAGUGUUGCUUGCCCUCUCAUCACUAGUGUAUGGCAAUGGAUCCAGGUGUCACAGACAUCUUCCAGAGCUCCUUGGACUGAGCGGUAUUCUGGUAAACUACGGUGACCCCAGCCAGCCUGACAUAGAGAUACGUCGUUCUGCUGUGCAUUGCUUAGCUAAUCUAUGUCUCAGUGUUGCUGGUCAGCCGUAUUUAGAGGAGCCAUAUAAAGGUGUAUGCUAUGGAAUCCUCCUGCGGACACUACAGUCCCCCAAACCACCUGAUGUGGAGGACAUUGUCUUCUGUACAUUAUUGCAGAGUGCUCUGAAGGGAACGCAGUAUUUUCUCAAUGGUGGAAAAUGGAAAGCCGUUCCGAACCAGGAUCUGGGCACCUUAUUGGCUGUGCUCAAAAGAUUCAUGUUCUACGGGCUGCCGGGAAUAAGUGUGGAAAUGCCACAGGUGUUGUACCCAGCUCCUCUCCCUCAGUACGAGACUAUUCCCGCUGCAAAACCUGAACCUUCACAAGACUCCGCUGCACAGAAAAAAACGGCUGGGUCCCAACAGAACAAGAAGCGCAAGUCUCGUGGGAAAGGGAAGAAAGCUGGAGCUGAGGGAAAGAAUGAUGGAGAGGAGGGAGAGGGUGACCACAUCUCUGGGCAUCAUAAAACUGGGGGAGCUGGAGUGGUUCAGAGUGCUUGGUCUCUUGGCUCGCAGUCCGCUAGUGUGACGUCCCCGUCAGGAGUGACUCCACAACUCUACCCUUCCUGGAAGAAAGGGAGCUCAGACUCUGAAUUCUCUGACCCUGAGGGAGGAAUGCAAUCUAAACUUAGGCUGUAUCAAGCACGUGUGCGGCAGAGUGCGCUUCAGUGCUUCCUGGCUGUGGUCAAGUGUGUUGAGAAACGAAUCCUCUAUGGCUACUGGUCUUCCUUUGUUCCAGAUGCUCCUGGGAUUGGAGGCCCUCCUCCUCUUACCCUCCUGACCAUUGCUCUAAAGGACCCCUCCCCAAAGGUACGGGCAGGCUCUCUGCAGGUUCUCUCUGCUCUUCUAGAAGGUUCUCGCCAGUUCCUCUCCACCGCUGAAGACACCAGUGCACCCCGCCAGGCCUUCACUCCCUUUUCAGCCACAUUAGCUGCCAGUGUCAGAGAGCUGCACCGCUGCUUGCUGCUAGCACUCGUAGCGGAGUCAUCCUGUCAAACCCUCACACAGGUCUUAAAGUGCCUUGCCCACCUGGUGUCCAACGUGCCCUAUAAUCGUCUCAGACCGGGCCUGUUGAGCCCACUGUGGAAACAGAUCCGUCCAUAUGUGCGCCACAGAGAUGUGAACGUCCGUGUGUCCAGUCUCACCCUCUUCGGUGCAUUAGUCUCGACACAAGCCCCCCUCCCAGAGAUCCAGCUCCUUCUCCAGCAGCCCGGAUCCACAUCCGCCCUCAGCACCCCCGGCAUCAGCACCCCACAGGAGCUCUCUCACAAUUGGAGACUUCCCGCUCGGAGAGACGGAGAAGCCUCGUCUCCUGGAGGAGGAGUUGAGGGGGGUCCGGAGGGGCCGUGCUGGCUGUUGCAGCUGUGUGUGAGCCUGGUCACUCAGCCUCGCGAGGAACCGUACUCAGAUAGUGAUGCCGGCGGGUCUAGUGGAGCAUCGCUGGAACCCUCACCCAUCCGACUUGAAGCCCUGCAGGUUUUGGCUCAUCUGGUGAAGGGUUACUUCUCACUGGCUCAGACUUCUCUGUCGGAGUUGGGGCAACUCAGUGCUCGCUGUCUCAAAGAGCAAGACCCUUCUGUGCAACUUCAUGGCACUAAACUUCUGGAAGAACUGGGAACAGGCAUUAUCCAGCAGUACAGAUCUGAUGCCAACACCCCUCCACAAAGUGCCAAAUGUGUGCCAGUGUGUCAGGUGGUUGAGUUCUGGUCAGACGUCUUGGGUGCUCCACUGAUCAGUGCCUUACAGAACGAGCAGCAUCCCACCCUACAGACCAGCGCAUGUGACACCCUCUCCUCCAUCCUACCACAAGCUUUCAGCCAGCUGCCUGAUAAGACACAAGUGCUGUGUAUCACAAUACUGCUGGGACUGACGUACAGCGAAAACUCACUGGUAAAGGCGGCAGCAGUGAGAGCUCUAGGCGUAUACAUCCUCUUUCCCUGUCUGAGAGAGGAUGUGAUGUUUGUGGCAGACACCGCUAAUGCCAUCCUCACUGCUCUGGAUGACCGCUCGCCCAACGUUCGUGCAAAGGCAGCCUGGUCGCUUGGCAACCUCACCGACACGCUCAUUGUCAACAUGCAGUUGGUGGGGUUGGAGUUUCAGGAGGAGUUCUCUGAUAUGCUGCUUCUGAACAUGCUGAGAUCUGCCACUAAAGCUUCAGGAGAUAAAGACAGGGUAAAGAGCAAUGCUGUCCGUGCGCUUGGGAAUCUGCUUCACUUCCUGCAGCCGGUGCACCUGGGAAAGCCUGUGUUUGAGCAGCCCCUGCAGGAGGCCAUGAGGGCACUGAUAGAUACAGUUAGAGGAGAUGCAACCAUGAAAGUGCGCUGGAACGCCUGCUAUGCACUGGGCAAUGCCUUCAGAAAUCGCAGCCUGCCUCUGGGUGAGUGA